AUGAAUCCAAAUACACCAUUCAACGAACGAUUUGCUAAAAUCUCUGAAAAACUCAGUUCAAUCUAAUUGCAUCACGAUAGUUCCAAAGCUCAUCGUAUAGAUGUUGUUUGUGGACGUGUUUCUGGUGUAGAAGAGAGAAUCCAGGAUACAAUUACAUCUUAUAACAGAAAAUUACAUUCUCUUAAGGAUGAAAUUGUGAGAUUGCAAAAAUAGAUUGAAGAGGAAAACAAUGCUUUUGAGACACAAUUCGAACAAAGAGUGAGAGAAGUUGCUGCUUUUGAAAGUCGUAUAACGACUAAAUUGGAACAAGAGAUUUCAAUUAGAAAGGAUGGCAAUCUUAAAUUAUAAGGCUACUUGGAUGAAAAAGUUGUCUACUUAAAAUCAGAUAUUUAGACAGAGAGUAAAAUUAGAUAGGAAUAAAUUGAAAAUAUUACUACUUCAUUAGAAAAUGAUUUACCAAAAUUAUAUGAUUUGGUGAAGACUGAAGGGCAAGAUAGAGAAGACAGUGAUAAUGGCACUUUAAGAAGAGCAGGAGAUGAAAUCAAGAGAUUAAAUGAAGGAUUGUCGAAUUAAAAGAAAUUAAGAGAGGAAUCAGAAGCAGCAAUAUUUGAGAUGCUCAAGGAUUUGGUUUCAAGAGUAAAGAGUGAAAUUGAAGAAGAGAAAAAAUUAAGAGAAGAGAGCCAAGAGAAUUUGUUAGGUUUGCUGGAAGAUGCAUGCAAUAAAAUUUAUAGAGCUGCAAAAGAUUGA